GUGCCCCCAGCACGGCCGCUGCUCCCCACCCUCGCCAGCCAGGCAUAAAAGCACUGCCCGGGCUGAGUGCUGGCAUCCACCGCUCCUGCCUUGCUCUGCUCAGGAAAAGGGCUCAGCUCUCUCGCACCAAGAUGUCUUGCUACGACCUGUGCCCACCAAGAACCGGCGUUGCCGUCCCCCAGCCCAUCGCUGAGAGCUGCAACGAGCUGUGCGCCCGCCAGUGCCCCGACUCUUCAGCCUUCAUCCAGCCACCGCCUGUGGUUGUCACCUUCCCCGGCCCCAUCCUCAGCUCCUUCCCCCAGCAAGCCGUGGUGGGCUCCUCCGGAGCACCCGCCUUUGGGGGCAACCUGGGGCUGGGAGGCCUCUACGGUGCUGGGGCCACUCAGGCCUCGGGGGGUCUCUGCACCUUUGGCAGACCCUACGCUCCUGCCGCCUGCAGCCCUCUGGCUCUGCCCCGCUACAGCCAGAGGCUCUGGAACUCCUGUGGGUCCUGCUAGAGCCAGCCCCACAUUCCCCAGAGUUCCUAGGACAUCUCACCCCUAGGCCUCCUCCUUUUGUACCAUGCUUUUCCUCUCUCCAUCACACAUCUCCUCCUCCUUGCUCCUGCCUGUGCCCUAAUGCAUUAUUGCACCAGAAUCCCACAAGAAACUUCCUUGUCUCUAAAGCAGCCUUCAACUGGGAGACGUUUGAAGGAACACCUCUCCAGAAAUUGUGAAGGAAAACCUUCCGACUUGUGCCUUAUGUGUCUUUCUCCACUGCAAUAAAACAAGCCUG